AUGCCAGUCGAAACACACCCGCCACCUUAUAUGACCCUCAACACUGGAGCGAAGGUCUCCAUGGUUGGUCUUGGUUGCUACAGCCCUGAUGACCCUAAGCAGAUCAUUGAUGGCAUCAGGGCCGCCACGAAGGAUGGCUACACUCACUUCGACACUGCCUCGUUCUACGAAAACGAAGAGGUCGUCGGUGAAGGUCUCCGCCAAAGUGGUGUACCUCGUGAGAAGCUUUUCGUGACCACCAAGCUCUAUAACUUCGACCACCACAAUGUCGAAGAGGCCUUUGACAAGUCGUUUGCUAAGUUGAACGUCGAGUACAUUGACAUGUAUCUGAUGCACUGGCCUCAAGCGACUAAGCCGGGUCACCAUUUUAUUGCAGACGAUACCAUUGAUUUCGUCCAGACUUGGAAGGCUAUGGAGAAGCUUUUCGAGACUCGUCCAGGCAAGAUCAAGGGUAUUGGUGUUAGCAACUUUAGUAUCAAGACGCUAACCGAGCUGUUGAAGCAUGCGAAGAUUGUCCCGGCUAUGAACGAGAUCGAGACUCACCCGUACAACCAAGACCCCGAGCUUUUGGAGUUCUGCCGCGAAAAGGGUAUCGUUGUCUCAGCCUACACUCCUCUAGGACAGGCUGGUUCGCCGAUUCUCAAAGAUCAAGACAUUAUUUCUAUCGCUAAUGAAAUCGGUGAUGACGUCACGCCCGCCAAGGUUGUGUUGAGCUGGAACGUGCAGCGUGGUGUGAUUAUUCUUCCCAAGAGCUCAAACCCUGUUCGCGUUAAGCAGAACGCUGAGCUCAUCACCCUUAGUGAGGAUCACAUGCAGCGCAUCAACAACAUCUCGAAAGACCCCGCUCGUCGUCAGCGCUUCGCGCUUACGUACGACAACAAAACGCAGACGGUGUUUGGUUGGACGUUCGAGCAGCUUGGCUGGGAGAAGCCCGCCCACAUGUCGACGCUUGAGUAA